UUAAUUUAUUACUCUAACGGGCAGGACCACAAAAAGCCACAGCCACCUCUUCAAAGCCUCAUCAUUUUCGAGUCUCAUCAUCAGUAUCAGCCUCGUGAUCACGAAGAUGUCGGGCUUGAAAUUUCUCUUCCUGUCUCUUCUUCUUUCUGCAUGCCGGGGGUUAUCUGGAAGUUAUGGCAAAGAACCAAUACAUGCUAGGUCACCUCCAAGAGGUUGGAACUCUUAUGAUUCGUUUUCCUGGAUCAUUUCUGAAGAAGAGUUUUUGCAAAAUGCUGAAAUUGUUUCCAGUCGUCUUCAUGCUUAUGGAUAUGAGUAUGUUGUGGUGGAUUACCUCUGGUAUAGGCGGAAGGUGGAUGGUGCUUAUGCUGAUUCUCUUGGAUUUGAUGUGAUUGAUGAAUGGGGCAGGAUGCAACCAGAUCCAGAGAGGUGGCCUUCGUCUAAAGGUGGGAAAGGUUUCACUGAAAUCGCCAAUAAAGUUCAUAGCAUGGGUCUUAAGUUUGGAAUCCAUGUUAUGAGAGGAAUAAGUACACAAGCAGUCAAUGCAAACACCCCUAUCUUAGAUACUCGCAAGGGAGGCCCCUAUCAAGAGUCUGGUCGAGAGUGGCGGGCACAAGAUAUUGGGAUCAAGGAGAGGCCUUGUCCAUGGAUGAAAAAUGGUUUUAUGGGUGUGAAUACCAAUUCAGGGGCAGGAAGAGCAUUCUUGCGCUCACUUUAUGAGCAAUAUGCUGAGUGGGGUGUUGAUUUUGUAAAACACGAUUGUGUAUUUGGUGAUGAUUUGGAUAGAGAAGAAGUAAGCUUCGUAUCGGAGGUUCUGAAUAAGCUUAGUCGGCCAAUUGUAUAUUCCUUGUCUCCUGGGACCAGUGUGACCCCAGCAAUGGCCAGACAAGUAAAUGGAUUAGUUAACAUGUACAGGGUUACCGCGGAUGACUGGGAUUCGUGGAGAGAUAUUGUGCCCCAUUUUAAUAUUUCAAGGGACCUUGCUGCAGCUAAGAUGAUAGGUAGCGGGGGCUUGCAAGGAAAGUCAUGGCCAGAUUUAGACAUGCUACCACUGGGAUGGCUCACUGAUCCAGGUUCAAAUGAAGGUCCCCACAGAAUGUGUAAUCUUACUCUGGAUGAGCAAAGAACUCAGGUAACUUUGUGGGCUAUGGCAAAAUCCCCUCUCAUGUUUGGAGGAGAUUUAAGGAAGCUUGAUGACACCACCUAUAACCUGAUUACAAAUCCUACAAUACUGAGAAUAAACUCUUUCAGUUCAGACAAUAUGGAGUUUCCUCAUAUUACUAGCAGCGAAGUACAUGGGAUGAAACAAAAUAUUUAUUCUCGAGACUUAACAGAAGAGGACACAUUGCAUAGACCUGACUUUGGUCUAACUAGCUGCGGGGACUCAAGAGCAAAUGUGUGGUCAGUCAAAACUCUUAGUCAGGAUGUAGAACAAAUUUGCUGGGAGGCAAACUCAGGGAACAAAUUUGAGGAUCCUUUAUGCCUAGUCAAGAGAAAUCUUCUUGUAGCUUUAGAUGAACAAACAAUUGAUAAGUAUCAAGGGAAACUUCAUUUAUUAGCAAGUGACCGAAGAGACUUUUGCUUGGAUGCUUCCCCCAAAAGAAAAGAAUUCAAGAGAGGCUCAUUCUCACCCUGCAGGCUGGAUGAGAACCAGAUGUGGGAGCUGAAUAGUAACGGAACACUCAGAAAUAGUUAUUCUGGUCUGUGUGCAGUGGUCGACUCAGAAAAAGCAAGUGCUGUUUCAGGUGGAGUUCGCUCUUGGAUUGCCACCGGAAAAGGAGGGAGAAUAAUAUAUGUUGCUUUCUUCAACCUGGAGGAUGGAAAGCGGGUGAUAUCUGCCAAGAUAUCAGACCUGGCUACGGCGCUUCCCAGGGCACAUUUGAAAGGGGCGUCAUGUAAGUGCGGAGAAGUUUGGAGUGGAAAGGACUUUGGGGUGGUAAACGACUCAAUGUCAAUGGAAGUAGAGGCACAUGGUUGUGCGUUAUUUGUGCUGAAUUAUUGUUCUCCAAGACGAAGAUGAAAAAUCAGAUAGCAGACCUUUGGCAGCCUCUGGGUAUGUUUUGCGUGGGCUGCCACCAUUCUUCAUUUGAUAAGAACAAAGUUUUUUUGAAUAAAAUUUAUAUAUUUCAGUUAAA